UAUUAUUAUUACCACCUAACCAAAACCAAAGCACAGCUCGCCCUGCCUUUCGCUUAUUUGGUUAAUUGUUAUUGUUUUUUGUGUUGAUUUCAUCUUGAUGAUAAAAUAAUGGAAUAUCAAGGAGAGAAGCUGACCCAUGUCUUGCCACACUAUAUAAAGGAAGAAACUAUUGGGUUCUCCCAAGGACCAGCUGGGCCUGAUGCGGAUGCUGUCACAGAUAUAUUGACCAUGUAUUGCUCAGCAGACAAGAUACCUGAGAUAAAGAAAUCACUCAAGAAUGUUGUUCUUUUUGAGAAACAUAAAGUUAAACCAGAAAGGAAGAUUACCUCAAGAUCAAAAAAGACACAUUUGAGUUUAAAUGAAAAACGAAAGUUAGGACUGUACAAACUUUCUCGCAAAGUUUUAGGCCUAAAUUAUGAAAAUUUCCUUGAUCUGAACAAUCUAUGGAGACAAUACUUUCUGGACAGUAUGGACUUCAGUAUGUUCAAAAACAAAAAGGGCACUGUGAAUGUGAGUGACAAGCAAUGGGAGCAACUGAGUGCCCAGCUCUACAAGGCUGACUACCAUGGGGCAGAACUGACUGUUACAAGAGCCAAGUGUCCAUCACUGGUGGGCACUCGGGGCAUUGUCCUCAUGGACACCAAGAACACCUUCAGGCUCAUCGCAACUGACAACAUCAUCAGAACAAUACCUAAAGAAUCAUGUGUCUUCAAGCUUCAUCUACAGAAUUUCAGUCUAACGUUAUAUGGAAGACACUUGUGUAUUAAACCUGCAGAGCGAAGCACUAAGAAGAUUCGUAGCAACUUAUCUGUUGAUUUGUGAUGUAGCAAAAUAUAAUUUAUUCAUACUUUU